AAAUAUUUAGUUAGGACGUCAAAGUCAAAUCCAAGGAAAGUAACAGGAGGUUCCUGGGGGCGUUUUUUGCAUUUCGCAUAAAUGCGAAGAAAUUUCGCGUGUAUUACAAUAUAUUCGUGUCGGUCUAUCUAAACCGCGUGCUUUUUUGCCGUACGAUUCUCAUUUUGCAUAAAUUUGUACUGAAUCAUAACAAUGACCGAUUCUAAGUACUUCACGACCACGAAAAAAGGCGAAAUAUUCGAACUAAAAUCCGAACUGAAUAACGAUAAGAAAGAGAAGAAAAAAGAGGCCGUCAAAAAGGUAAUCGCUUCGAUGACUGUUGGCAAAGACGUGUCGGCGCUUUUCCCUGAUGUCGUAAAUUGUAUGCAGACCGAUAACCUCGAGCUAAAAAAAUUGGUCUACUUGUACUUAAUGAAUUAUGCCAAAUCUCAACCUGACAUGGCAAUAAUGGCAGUCAACACUUUUGUUAAGGAUUGCGAGGACGCUAACCCGUUGAUACGGGCCCUGGCCGUCCGCACGAUGGGUUGUAUUCGGGUAGAUAAAAUAACCGAGUACUUAUGUGAGCCUCUGAGAAAGUGCCUCAAAGACGAAGAUCCGUACGUCAGGAAAACCGCUGCCGUGUGCGUCGCGAAACUUUACGACAUUUCGUCAGGUCUAGUUGAGGAUCAGGGCUUUUUAGACCAGCUUAAAGAACUGCUGAGCGAUUCAAACCCAAUGGUUGUUGCAAACGCCGUAGCCGCUUUAUCUGAAAUUAAUGACAGCAGCCCUACGGGUCAACCUCUCGUUGAGCUCAGCACUUCCACCAUCAACAAGCUACUGACUGCCUUGAAUGAGUGCACCGAAUGGGGACAAGUGUUUAUUCUCGACUCGUUAUCCAACUACACCCCCCGAGAUGAACGGGAAGCUCAGAGUAUCUGCGAGAGGAUCACUCCCCGAUUAGCGCACGCUAACGCGGCCGUGGUGUUGUCUGCGGUCAAGGUACUGAUAAAAAUGAUGGAGAUACUGCAAGGCGACGUCGAGUUCUGCAACACGCUGAGCAAAAAGUUGGCCCCGCCCCUUGUGACAUUGCUCAGUUCUGAGCCGGAGGUGCAGUAUGUCGCGUUGCGUAACAUCAACCUGAUAGUGCAAAAAAAACCCGACAUUUUGAAACACGAGAUGAAAGUGUUCUUUGUGAAGUACAACGAUCCAAUUUACGUCAAGCUCGAGAAGUUGGACAUUAUGAUAAGGCUGGCAUCUCAGGCGAACAUCGCGCAAGUGCUCAGCGAGCUGAAGGAGUACGCCACCGAAGUUGAUGUCGAUUUCGUGAGGAAGGCGGUGCGAGCGAUCGGCCGUUGCGCCAUCAAAGUCGAGCCGUCUGCCGAACGAUGUGUCUCCACGCUGCUCGAUUUGAUUCAGACAAAAGUGAAUUACGUCGUCCAGGAAGCUAUCGUCGUCAUCAAGGAUAUUUUCAGGAAAUACCCGAACAAAUACGAAAGUAUCAUCAGUACGUUGUGCGAGAAUUUGGACACGCUGGACGAGCCGGAGGCACGUGCGUCGAUGGUGUGGAUUAUCGGCGAAUACGCGGAGCGUAUCGAUAACGCGGACGAAUUGCUGGACAGCUUUUUGGAAGGUUUCGCGGACGAGAAUGCGCAGGUGCAGCUGCAGCUACUCACCGCGGUGGUGAAGCUGUUCCUGAAACGGCCGCAGCACACACAGGGCCUCGUUCAGCACGUGCUGAGCCUCGCUACCCAGGAUUCCGAUAAUCCAGACCUGAGGGACCGCGGGUUUAUCUAUUGGAGAUUAUUAAGCACCGAUCCCGCUGCCGCCAAAGAGGUCGUCCUCGCCGACAAGCCCCUGAUAUCCGAGGAGACGGACCUGCUCGAGCCGACGCUGCUCGACGAGCUGAUCUGUCACAUCUCCUCGCUGGCCAGCGUGUACCACAAACCGCCCACCGCUUUCGUGGAGGGGCGGACCGCGGGCAUAAGGAAAACGUUGCCCGCACGCCAAGGUUCGGAGGAGGCGCCGCCUCCGGAAGCGACGGUCAUCCCUAACCAGGAAAGUCUCAUCGGCGACCUCCUGUCGAUGGAUCUGGGCACGACGGUGCCGGCCGCCCAGCCUGCUGCCCCGCCCCCUAGCAAUGUCGACCUUUUGGGCGGCGGUCUCGAUAUAUUGCUCGGAGGCGGAGCGCCGGAAGUGCCGGCCGUCGCCGCCCCCACGACGACUACCGGCCUGCUGGGCGACAUUUUCGGUAUAACUACAGCCCCGACGAUGUACACGCCCCCGAAGGCAGUGUGGCUGCCCGCCGACAAGGGCAAAGGAUUGGAAAUUUUCGGCACUUUCUCGCGCCGAUCCGGUCAGAUUUUCAUGGAGCUGACGCUGACCAACAAGGCAAUGCAGGCGAUGACAGGUUUCGCGAUCCAGUUCAACAAGAAUAGCUUCGGACUGACGCCCGCGGCGCCCAUGUCGGUGACGGCACUGCAACCCGGUCAGAGUUUCGAGUACAGUUUGCCGCUCGCGACCAAUGGGCCCGUGCAGAAGAUGGAGCCACUUACCACGUUGCAGGUUGCAAUUAAAAACAACGUGGAUGUGUUCUACUACGCGAGUCAGAUUCCGAUACAGGUGCUCUUCACCGAAGACGGUACUCUGGACAAGAGGGUGUUUUUGACCACCUGGCGAGAUAUACCCUCAGCGAAUGAAGUUCAAUAUACGCUGAACGAGGUCAAAGGAUCUACGGACGCGAUCUCGAACAAGAUGACACUGAGCAACAUAUUCACAAUUGCGAAACGCAACGUGGAGGGUCAGGACAUGCUUUAUCAGUCGUUGAAGUUGACGAACAACAUUUGGGUUCUGCUCGAAUUGAAGCUGCAGCCGGGGGUGACGUACGCGACAUUGAGUUUGAAAUCGCGGUCGGUCGAGGUCGCUCCUUAUAUUUUUCAGGCUUACGAGGCGAUUUCGAAGAAUUAAUAUAGCGUUUUAAAUGUUUCCUCGUAAUUUUAGGGUACUAGAGGUCCGUUAUAUUAUCAAACAAUGUACUAUGUUCGUGUCAUUCCAGAAUAAUUGAUAUUUAACCAAGUAAAAUGUUGAGCUUUUUAGACUUUUUAUUUCAUAAAC